AUAAAGCGAUCAAGUCGCAUCUGUGCGGUUAAAUAUUUAUGUUCCGUGGAACACAAUAUCAGUGGAAAAAAGUGCAGCAGAUAAAAAAUAAUAUAAUCUACCCCAUCUAUCUAAAGUAAAUGGCUAAAAGUCUAAUCCAAUGCAAAUUUGCAAACAAAAAUGCUGAUUGAUACUGUCACUCUAAUCUAUUCAUACGCUGCGUUUGGCGGUUACAUUUUGAAUUGCAAAAGCUAAGCGGUAAAAAACAACUAGAGCAUAAAAGCUUUCAGCUUACACUCACCAAAAAACCUAACAGACCAGCAGCACACUUAACAUUAACAGUGGAAGAGCGGGUGCGCAAAGUAAAAAUGAGCGCCACAGGGGCACACACCGAAAAUGCCGCACAAAGACGAAACAGUCGGUCUAGUGAGAACAGUGAGAUCAGUGAGACCAGUGAGAACAAUGAGAACAGCGCGUCCGGCUCCGUUAAGGAACAGCGUGACGAGGUGGCGGGCCGCACCGUUCUCCAGUGGGUGUGGCAUGUGGUCAAAUCCAUAUCCGUGGAGCCCACAAUGUUCCUGUACAUGUUCGCCUUCAUGAUCACCUCGGUGGUGGAGCAGAACUUCUUUCUGUACAAGUCCUGUCGGGUUAACAGGAAUUUCACGGAGGAGAUCUGCAGGAAUCUCAACAAGCCGGAGAACGAGGAGUUCCGAAGGGAGGCAAUGUUGACCAAUGCCUGGUUCCUUCAGUGGGAGAACAUUUCCGCCCACGUUUUCCCCAUUAUCCUGGCCCUUUUUCUGGGCUCCUUCUCGGAUCGACGAGGCCGAAAGUUGCCCCUGCUCAUGGGAUUAGUGGGAAAGUUUGUCUACUCCACGAUGAUAGUGGUCAACGCUAGGAUGCCUACGUGGCCGGUGCAGAACAUCAUCUACUCGGCCACGUUGCCAUCGGCGUUGACCGGUGCGGAUGUGGCCAUUUUUGCCUCCUGCUUCGCCUACAUCUCGGAUAUUUCCACGCUGCAGCAGCGCACCAUCCGAGUGACCAUCCUGGACGUGAUCUACCUCAGUGCCAUGCCCCUGGGCGUGGCCCUGGGCUCGCAUCUCUUUUACAACGUGUUCAAUCAGUCCUACGCGGACAUGUUCACCGUGAACGCUUCACUACUUGCCCUCGCCAUCAUCUACACCCUGUCCGCCCUGAAGUGGCAAACGACGCCGAGACAGCGAUCGUUGAGGGAACUCGGAUGCUGUGGCUUUUGGGGCGACUUCUUUGAUAAGCAGCAUGUGAAGGACUCGUUGGCGGUGUUGGUGAAGCCGCGAAAGGGUCAUCGUCGCAGCUUUCUCAUUAUCCUUCUGGUCAGCAUGGCCCUGUACACGUUCCAGCGGGACGAGGGGCAGUACCUCUACAUGUACACCCUGGGCAAAUUUGACUGGGAUGUGAGUGCGUACAGCAACUUCAAGACAUUCAAGUCAUCCGCAUACGUGAUUGCCAUGCUGUUGGCUGUGCCGCUGAUGAACAAGAUCCUUGGAUGGAGGGAUACAACCAUCAUAUUCAUUGGCACGUGGGCCCAUUCGAUAGCCCGGUUGUUCUUCUAUUUCGCCACCAAUACGGAUCUGCUCUACGCCGGAGCCGUUGUCUGCAGCUUGGGUCCAAUUGUGGGUCCCAUGAUCCGAGCCAUGACCUCGAAAAUAGUGCCCACAUCGGAGCGCGGAAAGGUGUUUGCGCUGCUAUCAGUGUGCGAUAAUGCGGUGCCCUUCAUCAGCGGUGUGUGCUAUUCGCAACUUUAUCGACGCACUCAGAAUACGAAUCACGGAGGAUAUGUCUUCAUCCUAACCAUUGCCACCCAAAUCGCCGUCUUUGUGAUGAUACUUUGCAUACACAUUGUUUUGGGCAAAAAUUCACUGGCUGUUCCGGAAGUUCCUGAGAAGGAGAGCGGACUUAUUUCCCAAACGGAAGCUGUCCUGGAGGCGGAAAUUGAACAGCACAAGAACUAGCCUGUGAACUAACUUUAACGAUUCCUAAUAAAAAGACUUAAACCCAGAGCAGAUAUUGAUUGCAUUGCAUGAAUAUUUUGCCAAUGUAAAUCAUUCCCAUCAAUAUAUUUUGAAUAAAAGCUAAACUUUUCUAUAUUUGAA